AUGGAAUCUUACAACACAACAAACAACAAUGGCCGUGUAGGUUCUCAGGAACCUCCAGCUUCUUCUGUACCUCCUGGCACCAUGAAUGAAAGCCAGCGUUCUCCCAUGGCAUACGAUCCCAGCCGACAUCUCAGCUAUGGACAACCUCACGUCUCUUUGCCAGCAGCAUUGAUCACAGCACAAGCUCAAGCAAUGAAUCCUUCUGUGUAUCGUGGACCUAACGGAGAAGUCAUUGUAGCUCCUGCAGCAACACCUCAGCCUCCAGAGGAAGAACCUUUGUAUGUAAACGCAAAACAAUAUCACCGGAUCCUUAAGCGAAGAGCAGCACGGUUCAAACUUGAAGAGAUGAACCGAAUUGGCCGAGCUCGUAAGCCUUAUCUCCAUGAAAGUCGUCAUCGACACGCGAUGCGUCGUCCUCGAGGUCCUGGUGGUCGUUUUCUAACCACCGCCGAGAUUGCAGAACUCGAAAAGGCGGGUAAAAUGCGGAAUGGUCAAUGGAUCACGGAUGAUCAAAAGCAAACGACUCCAGAGCAACAACAACAACAACAACAGCAAACUAAUGAUAUCAAUGGUGUGGAAACGAAAAAAGAAGAAUCGGAUACUCAGGGCUUGAAUCACGCACAACAAGCUUAA